CCGAUAUUGGAUAUAUAAAUGUUCAGUAUUAAAUUUUGCAUUACGUAAAAAUGUAAUGGAGCGCCGAGCGUGUGUUGUAUGGAAUUUCAUAUUAUUUUCAAUUGACGUCGGAAGCCAGCUAACCCCAUCACUAUUCGAUGAUACCAACCGAGAGCAUAUAAACCUGGCUGCGUAUGGAGACGCUGAACACAGGGGUCAGAACUGGUACGCGUACGAAAGCCAGAACUCUGGGGAGAGUGGCAGCUAUCAGAGGUCCAGCGGUGAUAUUCGAAGCAGUUCUCUCUCGUCCGGAUCAGGGAGCGUGUCUUCAAGUUUAUCUUCCGAAGCAUCCUCCAUUGAAACUAAAGAAAGACGUAGAGCGACUAAAACGUACCGUCAAUGCACACCAUGUCCCCAGGAUAUGAUGAAAAAAUACACUAAUUUCGGUAUAAAGUGGAUUUGUGCUGCUUACCAACGUGCCAGACGAUCGUUCAAGAGCGAAUGCAUGAUGCGGUAUAGAAACUGUCAGGAUGGAACUAUGUUUGUGAAAAUAUCCGACAAGCGAUGCAGGAACAGCACAUAUCACGGGAGACACUGGUUCUACAUUUAUAGAGUUUAAUAAAGUUUAUA